AAUACACAUUUUAUCUAUUUUCUUUUGGGCCUCAAGUGGCCUUAAUCAGAUCAACAGAUAAUUUCCGCUGUGGUGAGUCACGAGUCACGAAGUAGUCCCGCUGAAUCUUGUCCUCAAAUCAAGCUCCCUCUCUUUUCGGCUUUAGAGGGGAGGGAGAAAGGUAAGGAGGGGUAAGAGCGACAGAGUGAUGAACGACCUCUCAAAUGCGGCUUUGCUAGAGCACCAGAGUUGCUACUGCUGCAAACCCAUACCCAGACUAGCACUAUACAUUCUCCCACCUUUGUUCCUCAUUGGUCUCUCCGUCUCCAUUUUCAUUCUCGUCGUGGUCCACAAUGCUGCUUUUUUCCUCUCUUUCCUGUUUCUCUCUGCGUUGGUUGCUACUUUGAUAACAUGGAACGUCGUUAAAUGGAAGAAGAGUAGAGCUGCUAUCUCUCUCUUCCUUCGCUCUUUCCCGGACUCUGAUCUUGCACUUGCGAGUCAAGGGCAGCUCGUCAAAAUAACUGGGAUGGCAUCAUGUGGGAAUGUCUCCUUGGAAUCGUCAUAUGAAAGGGCUUCCAGAUGUAUUUAUUCAUCUACUCUUUUGUUUGAAUAUGGACAACUAGGUCUUAAGCCUGUUAAUGUUAACAGAUCUUGCUUUAAUUGGAGCUUAAUGUAUUGUGAGAGGUUCUCCACUGAUUUCUACAUUACUGAUCAAAAGUCUGGUCUUAGUGCCAUGGUAAAAGCUGGUUCAGGUUCUAGAGUUGUGCCCUUGGUGAGGGAGAGCAAACUUGUAACUACUACCAAACAAUGCAGAACGCUUUCUGCUCACCUGCGAAGAUGGUUAAGAGAAAGAAACCUUUCUGUAGAAGCCAGACUCCUACGGCUGGAAGAAGGGUAUAUACAAGAAGGCAGUUCUGUGACUGUAGUUGGAAUGCUCUGUAAAAGUAAUGACAUGAUGACGAUUGUUCAGCCACCAGAACUCAUCUCCACAGGAUGUCUGUGGCAGGGGUUUCUUCUCCCAGCUGACAUUGACGGACUGAUCCUAGGGAUUCCCGAUAUGACUAGCCCUGUGACCACCCUGAGUUCCAUUCAACACCCAGAGCAGUAACGCCUGACUUGCUUAGAAUAGAGGAAUGUGUAGCACUUGGAGAUUCUGAAGGAUUUAAUGAAUAUCUGGUAGAAAUUUACCCUUUUUUUGUUCAGUUUUGUACUAAUCCUUCUAACUCUUUACUGUUCUUUAAUAGUAAGCUAAUUCAUUGGAAAGUUUGCUAAACUGCAUUCAGAGUGGGUUUUUUUCAUUAUGGACAUUAAGAUGAACUGUGGUCCAUGAAUGAACCCAUUGGGCUGAAAGUUAGGUUCCCUGAGCCAGGCUUUCUCGAGUGCCCCGUAAGUAACCUAAACUGAGCCUAACCAGGCCCCCUUGUAAGCACUUUCUUCCUAGCUCCUUUUCUUUUCUUGGACAGGUAAUGAAAUCACCAGUUCCAUUUCAUUGGCAUCAAUGUCCAUUCAUAGAUCCUAGUAAAGUCCCUGUCACAUU